GGUAAAAAUAACGCGUCUCGAGUUGGUGUUGAUGUGUCUGGCUCCCCUUCGGCCAGGAGAAGCGGCCCACUUAGAGACAGCCGGACGACGGAUGCGGCGAGAGAAAGUCCGCAGGCAUCGUCCGAGGAGGGGGAGGAUUUGCAGGAUUUUGUUUGCAAUGAAGCCUCCUCCGCAGAAGUUCCAGGCGACAACAAGACCGUAAAAGACGACAAACCAGCUGGUGAAGAAGAUGGCCCCGCCGCAUCAUCCCCAACCGUCCCGGCCCCACCGCCACCCCCGUCCGCCUGGCCCUGGUCGCCGGAUGUGGACUCGGAUUCUGACAGCGAGAACGAGGAUAUAACAGUGCACAACAUCCCCUCACCCUCAUUUGUAUAGCAUGAACGGCAAUACAAGCUUCAGCAAGAGUGCCGGUUUUGCAUCACAAAUAAAUUUGCACUGGAGUAUAGUGCUAUUUGGGCUACCAAGAACUUCUCAUGCAAACAGUGCCAAGAGGCAACGGGUGGAUUGCGUAUUUUGCAUUACAAAUGAGCGGGAGGGGGAGUUGUGCACUCUCAUAGAGGACGAGUGCGAGCCGG